CCGUUACCGCGGCCGUGGCCUCAGUGCCUGGUCCCGCCCGCGCGGCCGCGCCAUUGGGUCGCGAGCCGAGGCCGCGAGCGCCCCGCGCGGCCGAUUGGUGGCCUCCGCAGCCCUCUUGGCAUCUUCCCCAAUACGGGGCGUCCGCGCGCAGGGAUUGGCCGCGCGCCGCCAGGGUCCGCCCUCCGCUCGCCCGCGCGGCAGGCGGGUCCCGCCGACCGGGGAGAGCCUCGGUGGCCUUUCUGGAUGGCAGCGGCGGCUGGGCCGUGAGGGUCUCCCUAUUGUGGUCGGGCUGCGGGCAGCUCGGGCAGGCCGCGGGUCCCGGAGACACCACCCCCUCUGCUGGGAACAGAACCAUGCCACCUCUGGCGACCUCAGCAUGCUGCAUCACUGUCCUGGUCCACGUGCCACCUUGUGGGCCCAGGAGAGCCCUGGGGUUCCAGGGUAGCAGAGCGCCUGGCUGUACCUCUGAGGCCCUAGUGCUGCAGAGUUGAGCUGAGGGUCUCGCACUCACCCUCUGACUGACCCAGCCCUAGCAGGUGGAAGAAGAAAGGUGCCACUUUGGCAUGAAGACAGACUCGCUUAGUCGUCAGUCAUUUAAGCUGAGUGCAUUGUGAUUUCCAAUAAUUGAGGCAGUGGUUCUAAAAGCUGUCUACAUUAAUGAAAAGAGCAAUGUGGCCAGCUUGACUAAGCCGCCAGCGUUUGCAGCGCGGGCAGGACGGCACCCGGGUCUCGACGGACUUUUGCAUGUUAGCUGUAUAGAUUUAUGUAAGGUUUUUUAAAACUGGUCUUUUAAAAUAGUCUUAACCACUUUUACUAUGGAGACAUAUGAGAGUCCCUCUCCUCUCCCGCGUGAGCCCGCAGGAGAAGCGGUGAUGGAGAACCAUGCUUGCCCCCUCCAAGUGCUGCCCCGUGAACAGUCUCCACCACCUCCCCUGCAAACGUCCAGUGAUGCAGAGGUAAUGGACGUUGGCUCUGGUGGUGAUGGACAGGCCGAACCCCCUGCUGAGGACCCAUUCAACUUCUACGGAGCUUCUCUUCUCUCCAAAGGAUCCUUCUCUAAGGCCCGCCUCCUCAUAGACCCGAACUGUAGUGGCCACAGCCCGCGCACCGCCCGGCACGCACCUGCGGUCCGGAAGUUCUCCCCUGACCUUAAGUUGCUUAAGGAUGUAAAGAUUAGCGUGAGCUUUACCGAGAGCUGCAGGAGUAAGGACAGGAAGGUGCUGUACACAGGAGUGGAGCGCGACGCUCGCGCGGAGUGCGAUCUGGCCCUUAGCCCUGUCAGUGGAGACGUGCAUGCUUGUCCCUUUGGCGGGAGUGUUGGUAACGGGGUAGGUGUAGGGGGUGAGAGUGCUGAUAAGAAGGAUGAGGAGAAUGAGCUGGAUCAGGAAAAGAGAGUGGAGUAUGCAGUGCUCGAUGAGUUAGAAGAUUUUACUGACAAUUUGGAGCUAGAUGAAGAAGGAGCAGGCGGGUUCACGGCUAAAGCAAUCGUGCAGAGAGACAGAGUGGAUGAAGAGGCCUUGAAUUUCUCCUACGAGGACGAUUUUGACAAUGAUGUCGAUGCUCUGCUGGAAGAGGGCCUUUGUGCUCCCAAAAAGAGGAGAGUGGAGGAGAAAUACGGAGGAGACAGCGACCAUCCAUCUGAUGGAGAGACAAGCGUGCAGCCCAUGAUGACCAAGAUUAAAACAGUGCUCAAAAGUCGUGGCCGCCCACCUACGGAACCAUUGCCUGAUGGGUGGAUCAUGACAUUCCAUAACUCCGGAGUCCCCGUGUACCUACACAGAGAGUCUCGGGUGGUCACCUGGUCCAGGCCGUACUUCUUGGGAACGGGAAGCAUACGGAAACAUGACCCUCCGCUGAGUAGCAUCCCCUGUCUGCAUUACAAGAAAAUGAAGGAUAAUGAGGAAAGGGAGCAAAACAAUGAGCUCGCCCCUAGUGGGGAGGUGUCCCCUGUCAAGCCCCUCAGCCGAUCUGCGGACCUGGAGUUUCCCCUGGAAGAGCCUGACUCCAUGGGGGCUGACUCAGGGCCCCCGGAUGAGAAGGACCCACUGGGAGCUGAGGCCACCCCUGGGGCCCUGGGGCAGGUGAAGGCCAAAGUCGAGGUGUGCAAAGACGAAUCAGUUGAUCUUGAGGAAUUUCGGAACUACUUGGAGAAGCGUUUCGACUUUGAGCAAGUUACUGUGAAGAAAUUCAGGACUUGGGCUGAGCGGCGGCAGUUCAACCGAGAAAUGAAACGGAAACAGGCUGAGUCUGAGCGGCCCAUUCUGCCGGCCAAUCAGAAGCUCAUCACUCUAUCUGUGCAAGAUGCACCCACAAAGAAAGAGUUUGUCAUUAACCCCAAUGGGAAAUCCGAGGUCUGCAUCCUGCACGAGUACAUGCAGCGCGUCCUCAAGGUCCGCCCCGUUUAUAAUUUCUUUGAAUGUGAGAACCCAAGUGAGCCUUUUGGUGCCUCGGUGACUAUUGAUGGUGUGACCUAUGGAUCUGGAACUGCAAGCAGCAAAAAACUUGCGAAGAAUAAAGCUGCCCGAGCUACGUUGGAAAUCCUCAUCCCUGACUUUGUUAAACAGACCUCUGAGGAGAAACCCAAAGACAGUGAAGAGCUCGAGUAUUUUAACCACAUCAGUAUCGAGGAUUCAAGGGUCUACGAGCUGACCAGCAAGGCCGGACUGUUGUCUCCCUAUCAGAUCCUCCACGAGUGCCUUAAAAGAAACCAUGGAAUGGGUGACACAUCCAUCAAGUUUGAAGUGGUUCCUGGUAAAAACCAGAAGAGUGAAUAUGUCAUGGCGUGCGGCAAGCACACAGUGCGCGGCUGGUGUAAGAAUAAGAGAGUUGGGAAACAGUUAGCCUCUCAGAAAAUCCUUCAGUUGCUGCACCCACAUGUCAAGAACUGGGGGUCUUUACUGCGCAUGUAUGGCCGUGAAAGCAGCAAGAUGGUCAAACAGGAGACCUCGGACAAGAGCGUGAUUGAGCUGCAGCAGUACGCCAAGAAGAACAAGCCGAACCUACACAUCCUAAGCAAGCUGCAGGAGGAGAUGAAGAGGCUGGCUGAGGAGAGGGAGGAGACACGGAAAAAGCCCAAGAUGUCUAUUGUGGCGUCUGCCCAACCUGGUGGCGAACCUCUGUGCACUGUGGACGUGUGAAGGAGGUGGCAGGCCGAGUGUGGGGGCUGCCAGCUCUGCUGCCAGGGAGACCACACACUGCUCUGCAGCCUCGCACCUUCAGUCUAAACUCUUCCCCUGCGGCCCCAUGUCUGAGGGUCGGGGCCAGAGGGGUGGGGCUCUGGUACAUCUGGACAGCCAGGGCCACAUACUGUUUCCUCGGGGCUGCCUGCAGAUCUGAGUGGACGUGUUCAAGCAUCAACUCGGUCUGCCUGCACUUGGAGAUAGCUGUGGACUUCUGCUUGCUGCAGACUGGUUUUAUGAAGGUUUUCAUGAAUUUUAGUAUAUAACAUGCACUGACAAAUGAUAGUUGGAUAACAGAUGAAAUGAGAAAGUGAUAGCUGAGUCUUAUGGCGUCCUGUACCAAGGCUCUUUUUGCCCACUGUAGGGACCUAGUCAGGAGGCGCACACUGGUACCCCAUGCCCUUUCCUGCCUCCUGCAUUUUUUUUUUCUCUGAAAAUGUUAUAACAGGAAGGAAUAUUUCAGACCUUUUUGGUUUAAAAUAAACACAAUUUUAGCAUCAGAACUAUUUUUCAGAGAUUGCAGGCAAACUGUCAAGGUGAUUAUUCUUCAGCCAGUGUGUCUCCACCUGGCUUAUUGCUCUGACCCUGGGCUGGGGUGAGGUCCAUUUUUCUAAGUAAGUCUUAAUGCCCUAAACACUCGCCUUCUUAGACACCAAGGCCUGUCACCUUCACUGGUCUCUGGCAACUUUUUACUCAAGAUUUUUGCACAGUCAAGCCCCAUCUGUCCACCCUUCAAUUUUUAAAGCUUUUAUGGUAUUUUAGCAUUUGGAAAGAAACUUUUACAGUGAGUAGAAGAUAGAUUUGGAAUCAUGUAGCAGAUAUAAACAAUGCAUUUUAGCACGUGGAUUAAUUUAAAAAGAGGAAACAAGAACCUUCAGUGCAAUUGCCCAUUCUUGAUCAUAAACUGGCACUCCUCUCCAGAGCUGGAGCAGGCAAAUGGCAAGUGGCUGUCCUGCUCCCGUGACUGAGGCUUCACUGGAUUUCAAAGGCAACUGCCCUGUGUAUCCAGACCUGGUGACCAGUUCACUUCUCUGACAAAGUAGCUUAUGUUUUCCAGGUGGCCCCUGUGGACAGGUGCAAGGAUAGAUGUGACCCUGCCCUGAGUCCCAUGGAAUGUGGGUAUGCUUGGGGUCUUGGGUUGUCCCCACAUGCAGGGUAGUGGUGGUCAGCCAUUGACUCUAUCCCCAGCUCCUGUUCAGAGUAGCACAUGCUCUUGGCACACUGCCAGAUGCAGGAGCCCAGUGUUGGGCUGCAGUCACGUUCCUCGGGUGUGCCUAUCUUCCACCAUAUCCCCGAUGGAUGGCGUUGAUGGCGUUUCCAGGAAGACAAUGUCAGCCUUGUAGGCCACCCAGUGUAUCCCUCCCUUACCACCUAUGUGACCAAGGUUGGCUUCUAUGUUGACCUUUAUAAAACAAAAUCAUCAAAUCACGUUGCUGUAAUUAGACAUUUGCUUCUGUCUUGCCUCCUCUCUGCAGCUGUGAAUAAUCAUUUGACCGUGACCGGUUGCCCUUAGAACAGCCAGAUGCGCCAUUGUGAACCAAAGCUUUGUGCACACGUACUAGUAGAAGCGGGUGAGCCUUGCUGCGGCCUCCCCAUGUCCUUCGUCUGUCCUGUGUAUGGGUGUGAGUGUUGUGUGCACAUAGCUGUGCUGCGGGGGUGGAGGGCAGGGAGAGCCUGUGCUGAUGCCACUUCUGUGCAUCAUACCUCCCAGGUGACAGCUGGGCCAUAGCUAUAACAGUGAGCCUUGAUUGUCUGGACACAUAAAGCAAAACUGUCCAAAA